AUGGAGAUCCUUCGACACCCUGUGAAUACCCUAUCUGGUAGUCACUAUGCCUGGAGCGCAGCCGAAUGGGACGACUUUCUAGCACUUACACUAUUUUCUUUGAUAGCUGCAACACUUCUUCUCGAUUCUUCUCUCUUCAACAAGGAUCCUUUGCAGCACAUUUGGUACGAAUAUCCUCAAGGAGCAAAAGCCCAAGAGAAGUCGUCCACCGACAUAAACAUUACCCAAGUUUUGAAAGAUCAGGGCAAAGACAUUAUUAUUUUCUACGGUACACAGUCAGGGACAGCAUAUGAACUAGCCAGAUAUCUCAGUCGCACGAUCUUUCAGCGGUUCUCGAAAGCAGCCCUAGUCGCAGAUAUUUCUGACUACAACUAUGACUGUUUAUCUACAGUUCCUUCGGACGUGAUUGUCCUCUUCAUUUUGUCAACAUAUGGAGAAGGAGACCCACCAGAUAAUGCCAUCCGGUUCGAUGAGUGGUUAGACAAGGAGCUACCAAAGCAGCAACCUACAAGAGCAAGCCUUGCAAACUUGCGAUUUGCCAUACUAGGCUUGGGCAAUCGUAAUUAUAAGUAUUACAACCAAUUUGCCAAGAAGGUGCAGAAUGCACUCGAGAAAGCUGGAGGUACGGCUAUUAUGGAUCUGUCAUUGGCGGACGAUUCGAAUGGACAAACAAGGGGAGACUAUUCCGAAUGGGCCGCUCAGCUCCAGCAAGCCUUUGUUGACCGCUGUCAAAUCGAAGAACAACCGAGGCCGUAUGAGUCUGCGCUGGAAAUCGUUGCGUGUGAGUCAUUCACUGACAACCUGCCAACAACCCAACCGAUAGACCUUCGGCACCGAUCAAAACUGAGAGCAUCAGCCUCAGCAAUCUACUCAGCCAACAUUGUAUCAAUUACAGACCUCACACCGCAGGCACAGACAAAAGCGCUGCACAUCGAGGUUGAUAUCAGUCAUCUGCCGCGAGUCAAGUACAACGUCGGCGAUCAUCUCCUAAUCUGGCCUGAGAACAGAGCAGAGGGAGUACAGCGACUGGGUCGAAUUCUUGGAAUAGAUGAUGCUGAGAUGCAUCGACCUUUGGAAAUUAGGAGCAAAGACUCGGAAAUCAAGGCCCUGUGGCCACAUCCAAUCACAAUCCAUACGCUAUUCAAACACCACCUGGAUAUUGCAGGCCUCGCGUCGAGAGACAUGAUAUUGGCUCUGAAGGAGUUUGCAGAUAGUAAGACUUCCGAGGCUGCAUUGGAUGAGAUGGCUCGCAACUAUCGACGCUUGUCUCUCAUGCGUCGCCUCGACUUGGAAUCUAUACUCCUUGCUGCUGCGGGGCCAAGGGGAACCUGGAAGAUCCCCCUGUCUUUUCUUCUGGAGAAUCUUAAUCCACUUAAGCCACGAUACUACUCAGUUUCAUCUGCUCCUGCUGUCAGUCCGAGAAAAAUCACGCUGACCGUUGCGAUGAAAGAGGUCACCCUCAGCGCUGAAGAAUCGAUACUAGGAUUGACCUCUAGAUUCUUCCUCGAGAUGCAGCAAUCGCUGUCAUCAUCAUCAAACGCGCGAGACAAUGCUGGUCCUCUAAAUACCAGUGUGUGGUGCGCAUUGCGGAAAUCUAAAUUCAAGCCCCCGACUUCCAACAUGCAGCCCAUUAUCAUGGUCGCGAACGGAACUGGCAUUGCGCCAUUUAUGGGAUUUCUCCGCCAUCGACUGCGCAAGUUUGAGAUCGACGGAAAAGUGGGCAAGAUGCUUCUUUUUUACGGCUGCAAGAAUGAGACAACUCAUCUGUACAGAGACGAAAUUCAAAGGAUUCAGAGUGCUUUUGGUGAUCAGCUGCGGCUCGUUACGGCGUACUCCCAGAAAGGAGAUGGGUAUGUACAAGAUCAAGUGAGGUCGUACGGCGAGGAAACGGAAGAUUUACUGUGUGAUGGAAAGGCAAAUGUAUACAUGUGCGGGUCAGUCAAUAUGGCUGGCAGUGUUCGGGAGGAGCUUCUAAUGAUAAUCCAGAAAAGGGAGAACUGGUCGGAGACACAAGCGCACGAGUUCGAGGGGACGCAAUUGCGCAUGCGGAAAUGGCAACUUGAUGUGUGGGGUUAG